UUCAGAUGCCGUGCCACGGUCACACUAAUUGCGGCAAAUUUUUGACGCGGAAUUUAACGAAAAGAACGCCAGGAAUUAAAAAAACCGCUUAGCAUAAAAAUGUAUGUUAAGAAACUAGUGCUCGACGGCUUCAAAUCCUAUGGCCGGCGCACGGAGAUAGAAGGAUUCGAUCCAGAAUUUACGGCUAUCACGGGUCUAAACGGCUCCGGCAAGUCAAACAUCUUGGAUAGCAUUUGUUUCGUACUGGGAAUUAGUAAUCUCCAGAAUGUGCGCGCUUCGGCUCUACAGGAUUUGGUGUACAAGAAUGGGCAGGCGGGCAUUACCAAGGCCACUGUUACCAUUGUGUUUGACAACACAAAUCCCGCCCAGUGUCCGCAGGGCUACGAAAAGUGCCGGGAGAUCUCUGUGACGCGCCAGGUGGUUGUCGGAGGCAAGAACAAGUUCCUCAUCAAUGGCAAGCUGGUGCAGAACAAGAAGGUGCAAGACUUCUUCUGCUCCAUCCAGCUAAAUGUAAACAAUCCCAACUUCCUGAUCAUGCAGGGCAAGAUCCAACAAGUGCUAAAUAUGAAGCCCAAGGAGGUUCUGUCAAUGGUAGAGGAGGCAGCGGGAACCAGUCAGUACAAAACCAAGCGAGAUGCCACCAAAACCCUGAUUGAAAAAAAGGAGACCAAAGUGCGGGAGACCAAGGUCUUGCUCGACGAGGAGGUGCUGCCAAAGCUGGUUAAGCUGCGCCAAGAACGCUCCGCCUACCAGGAGUAUCAGAAAAUCUGCCGCGACAUAGACUUCCUCAUCAGAAUUCACAUCUCCGCCAAGUAUCUCAAGCAAUGCGAGACCCUCAAGACGGUGGAGGCUAAUGAGCACAAAAUCGAGGAUCGCAUAGCGAACUGCAAGGCCACUCACGCCAAGAACCUCGCAGAGGUCGAGAGCAUUGAAAACUCCGUGAAGGAGAUGCAGCAACAGAUCGAUGCAGAGAUGGGUGGCUCCAUCAAAAAUCUCGAAACCCAGCUCAGCGCCAAGCGGGCACUAGAAGCUACCGCUACGGGUAGCUUGAAGGCGGCCCAGGGAACGAUUCAGCAAGAUGAGAAGAAAAUUCGCAUGGCAUCCAAAAACAUUGAGGAUGAUGAACGAGCCCUGGCAAAAAAAGAAGCGGACAUGGCCAAGGUUCAAGGCGAAUUUGAAAGCCUCAAGGAGGCAGAUGCCAGGGACUCAAAAGCCUAUGAGGACGCCCAAAAGAAGCUGGAGGCUGUCUCGCAGGGACUCUCCACCAAUGAAAACGGAGAAGCCUCAACACUGCAAGAACAAUUGAUAGUGGCCAAGGAGCAGUUCAGCGAGGCACAGACCACCAUUAAGACCUCAGAGAUCGAGCUGCGUCAUACGCGUGGCGUAUUGAAACAGCGUGAGGGUGAGACCCAGACCAACGACGCUGCCUAUGUAAAGGAUAAGAAGCUGCAUGAUCAGUUGGUGGUUGAGAUUAAGAACUUAGAACGGCAGCUACAAAGUCUCGAUUACGAGGGCGGUCAUUUCGAGAAGCUAAAGCAGCGACGCAAUGAUCUGCACAUGCGAAAGCGCGAUCUGAAACGAGAGCUGGACCGCUGCAAUGCCUCCCGCUAUGAUCUGCAAUACCAGGACCCAGAACCAAACUUUGAUCGGCGUAAGGUGCGUGGUUUGGUAGGCAAGUUGUUCCAGGUGAAAGACAUGCAAAACUCCAUGGCUCUAGUCCAGACAGCCGGCGGAAGUUUAUAUAGCUACGUGACGGACGAUGAUGUGACUAGCAAGAAGAUCUUGCAGAGGGGCAAUCUUCAGCGUCGUGUCACUUUGAUUCCCAUCAACAAGAUUCAAUCUGGUUCGCUAAACAGAAAUGUGGUAGAAUACGCUCAAAACAAAGUGGGCGCCGAGAAUGUCCAAUGGGCCAUGUCACUGAUUGACUAUGACCGCUAUUACGAGCCUGUCAUGAAGUUUUGCUUUGGCGGAACACUUAUCUGCAAGGACCUCAUUGUAGCCAAACAAAUCAGCUACGACCCCCGUAUUAAUUGUCGUUCUGUGACUUUGGAAGGAGAUGUCGUCGAUCCCCAUGGCACAGUGUCUGGAGGUGCUGCUCCUAAAGGUGCUAACGUUCUAGAAGAAUUGCACGCAAUUAAGCAAAUAGAAAAGGAGUACAGGGAGAUCGACUCUGAGAUAGCCCAAGUGGAAAAGCAAAUUGCAUCCAUUGAAAACCAGGCCCUCGCGUUCAACAAAAUGAAGGAAAAUCUUGACUUGCGACAGCACGAGCUAACCAUGUGCGAGAACAGGUUGGCCCAAACAACCUUUCAACAGAAUCAGGCUGAAAUUGAAGAAAUGAGGGAAAGGGUCAAGACCCUAGAGCAGCAAAUAAUUGACUCCCGUGAAAAGCAGAAGACCUCGCAAGCCAAAAUAGUGGAUAUCGAGGCGAAGUUGGCAGAUGCAAAGGGUUAUCGCGAGCGAGAGCUGAAUGCAGCCACCAACGAGAUCAAGGUGACCAAGCAAAGGGCGGAGAAAUCUCGUGCGAACUGGAAAAAGCGAGAGCAGGAGUUCGAAACUCUUCAAUUGGAAAUUACUGAGCUGCAGAAAAGUAUCGAAACUGCAAAGAAGCAGCACCAGGAAAUGAUUGAUAACCUCGAAAAGUUUAAGGCCGAGCUAGACGCUCUGAAAGUAAAUAGCUCCAGUGCCGCGUCCGAGGUGACGGAGCUCGAACAGGCGAUUAAGGAGCAGAAAGAUAAACUGAGAGAUCAGAACAAGGAGAUGCGAAAUCAGUUGGUCAAGAAGGAGAAAAUGUUGAAGGAAAAUCAGGAGAUUGAGCUGGAGGUGAAGAAAAAAGAGAACGAACAAAAAAAGAUCAGUUCGGAUGCCAAAGAGGCAAAGAAACGGAUGGAAGCCCUUGAGGCAAAGUAUCCGUGGAUUCCGGAGGAGAAGAACUGCUUUGGCAUGAAGAAUACUCGGUACGAUUACAGCAAGGAGGACCCCCACGAAGCAGGCAACAAGCUGGCAAAGAUGCAGGAGAAAAAGGACAAAAUGGAACGCACUCUCAACAUGAACGCUAUCAUGGUGCUGGAUCGCGAGGAAGAGAACUUCAAGGAGACCGAGCGCCGGCGAAACAUUGUGGCGAUGGACAAGGAGAAGAUUAAGAAAAUCAUAGUGAAGAUGGACGAAGAAGAGCAGGAUCAGCUGAACAAAGCCGCUACCGAGGUGAACACGAACUUCAGUGGGAUCUUUAGCUCCCUUUUACCGGGUGCUGAAGCGAAACUCAAUCCCGUCCAUACCAAUGGCUGUCUGACCGGUUUGGAGAUUAAAGUCGGCUUCAAUGGCAUAUGGAAGGAGAGUCUCGGUGAACUUUCUGGUGGCCAGAAGUCCUUGGUGGCUCUGUCCCUUGUCCUGGCCAUGCUUAAGUUCUCUCCGGCUCCCUUGUACAUUUUGGAUGAGGUGGACGCUGCCCUGGACAUGUCACACACCCAAAACAUAGGUAGUAUGUUGAAGCAGCACUUCACCAACUCGCAGUUCUUGAUUGUGUCUCUCAAGGAUGGUCUCUUCAACCACGCCAACGUCCUGUUCCGCACUCUCUUCGAGGAGGGUGUGUCCACCAUCACCCGGCAGGUCAGCAGACAGGCGACAACCAACAAACGCUGAAAUGGAACUCGUUUACUUUCUUAUCACUUAAUAAAACUUUAAAAAUACCAU